AUGGCGGCCGGGAUUCCGGACGUUCGGAAGCUCUUCAUUUUCACUACUACCCAGAAUUACUUCGGGCUGGUGUUGGAAUCCUGGGACCAGCCAUUGCUGUCCAACUGUCUUGAAAUCAACAACUUCUUGGAUGAUGGAAACCAGAUGCUCCUCAGGGUGCAGCGGUCCGAUGCCGGAUUCUCCUUUUCCAACACGAUUGAUUUUGGUGACACAAAAGAUAAGGUGCUGGUUUUUUUCAAGCUGCGACCUGAAGUAAUUACAGAUGAGAAUCUACAUACUAACAUUCUUGUUUCAUCUAUGUUGGAGUCUCCUAUUAAUUCCCUAUACCAAGCAGUACGGCAUGUAUUUGCACCAGUGUUGUUAAAGGAUCAGGAAUGGAGCAGAAACUUUGAUCCCAAACUUCAGAAUCUUUUGAGUGAACUAGAAGCUGGGUUGGGUGUAGUUCUACGGAGAUCAGACUUAUCAAAAUUGAAACUUAAGGAAGAUGAUACAAGAGGUAUUCUUACACCAAGUGAUGAGUUCCAGUUUUGGAUAGAACAAGCUCAUCGUGGAAAUAAACAAAUUAGUAAAGAAAGAGCCAAUUAUUUUAAAGAAUUAUUUGAAUCAAUUGCAAGAGAGUUUUAUAACUUGGACAAUCUAUCGUUACUGGAAGUUGUUGACUUGGUGGAGACAACUCGUGAUGUUGUAGAUGAUGUGUGGAGACAAACAGAACACGAUCCUUAUCCUGAGUCACGAAUGUUACAUCUUUUAGAUAUCAUAGGUGGUUCAUUUGGAAGGUUUGUUCAGAAAAAGCUGGGAACUUUGAACCUAUGGGAAGAUCCUUAUUAUCUUGUGAAAGAAAAUCUGAAAGCUGGUAUUUCAAUUUGUGAACAAUGGGUGAUAGUCUGUAAUCAUCUAACAGGUCAGGUUUGGCAGCGCUUUGUUCCUCAUCCAUGGAAAAAUGAAAAAUAUUUCCCAGAAACACUUGAUAAACUUGGCAAACGCCUUGAAGAGGUCUUGGCUGUUAGAACAAUUCAUGAGAAGCUUCUCUAUUUUUUACCUGCCAGUGAAGAGAAAAUUGUAUGCCUGUCUCGAGUAUUUGAACCUUUCACUGGCCUGAAUCCUGUGCAAUAUAAUCCAUAUACUGAGCCUUUAUGGAAAGCUGCAGUGUCUCAAUAUGAAAAAAUUAUUGCACCUGCAGAACAAAAAAUAGCAGGAAAAUUGAAAAAUUAUAUUUCAGAAAUUCAAGAUAGCCCACAGCAGCUUCUUCAAGCUUUUCUGAAAUAUAAAGAGUUGGUGAAGCGUCCAACUAUAAGCAAAGAAUUGAUGUUGGAAAGAGAAACUUUAUUGGCAAGACUUGUGGACUCGGUUAAAGAUUUUCGAUUAGACUUUGAGAAUCGGUGUCGAGGAGUUCCUGGUGAUGCAUCUGGACCACUUUCAGGCAAAAAUCUUUCAGAGGUUGUCAAUAAUAUUGUUUGGGUUCGUCAGUUGGAAUUGAAGGUAGAUGAUACUAUCAAGAUUGCAGAGGCUCUUUUGUCUGACCUGUCAGGAUUUCGAUCUUUCCAUCGAAGUGCUGAAGAUCUCUUAGACCAGUUUAAACUAUAUGAACAAGAACAAUUUGAUGAUUGGUCCAGGGAAAUUCAGUCAGGUUUGUCUGAUUCCAGAUCUGGUCUGUGUAUUGAGGCUAAUAGUCGAAUUAUGGAAUUGGAUCCUAGCGAUGGAUCAUUGAAAGUGCAUUAUUCCGAUCGUUUGGUGAUUCUUCUGAGAGAAGUUCGUCAGCUUUCUGCCCUUGGCUUUGUUAUUCCUGCCAAAAUACAGCAAGUUGCGAACAUUGCACAGAAAUUCUGCAAGCAAGCAAUUAUUCUUAAACAAGUGGCACAUUUUUAUAAUUCUGUUGAUCAACAAAUGAUUCAGAGUCAAAGGCCAAUGAUGUUACAAUCUGCCUUAGCAUUUGAACAGAUAAUUAAGAAUUCAAAAGCAGGAAGUGGAGGAAAGUCACAAAUUACUUGGGAUAAUCCUAAAGAAUUAGAAGGCUACAUUCAAAAGCUCCAAAAUGCUGCUGAAAGACUUGCUACUGAAAAUAGAAAACUGAGAAAAUGGCACACUACAUUUUGUGAAAAGGUGGUCGUUCUUAUGAAUAUUGAUCUACUCCGGCAGCAGCAACGUUGGAAAGAUGGAUUACAAGAACUGAGAACGGGCUUAGCAAGUGUAGAAGCACAGGGAUUCCAAGCAAGUGAUAUGCACGCAUGGAAGCAGCACUGGAACCAUCAACUAUAUAAAGCUCUGGAACAUCAGUAUCAGAUGGGCCUAGAAGCACUUAAUGAGAAUCUGCCUGAAAUUAAUAUAGACUUAAUUUACAAACAGGGACGGUUACAGUUCAGGCCCCCUUUUGAAGAAAUUCGGGCUAAAUAUUACAGAGAAAUGAAGAGAUUCAUUGGCAUUCCAAAUCAGUUUAAAGGAGUGGGUGAUGCAGGAGAUGAAUCUAUUUUUUCUAUUAUGAUUGAUAGAAAUGCAAGUGGUUUUCUUACUAUUUACAGCAAAGCAGAAGAUUUGUUUAGAAGAUUAUCAGCUGUUUUACAUCAACAUAAGGAAUGGAUUGUAAUUGGGCAAGUCGAUAUGGAAGCUCUGGUGGACAAGCAUCUUUUUACUGUACAUGAUUGGGAGAGAAACUUUAAAGCACUGAAAACAAAAGGGAAAGAAGUGGAACGACUUCCAAGUUCUGUCAAGGUUGAUUGUUUAAAUAUUAAUUGCAACCCUGUGAAGACUGUGAUUGAUGAUCUCAUCCAGAAGUUAUUUGAUAUGCUUAUUCUUUCUUUGAAGAAAUCCAUCCAGGCUCAUUUACAUAAAAUUGAUACAUUUGUUACUGAGGCUAUGGAAAUCUUAACAGUUAUGCCACAGUCUGUGGAAGAAAUAGGCGAUGCAAAUUUACAGUACAGUAAGCUGCAGGAACAGAAGCCAGAGAUUUUGCCCUUAUUUCAAGAAGCUGAAGGUAAAAACAGACUUUUACGAACUGUGGCAGGUGGAGGUUUAGAAACAAUUAGUAAUCUGAAAGCUAAGUGGGAUAAAUUUGAGUUAAUGAUGGAAAGUCACCAACUUAUGGUUAAAGAUCAGAUUGAAGUGAUGAAAGGAAAUGUGAAAUCACGUCUACAGCUCUAUUAUCAAGAACUGGAAAAAUUUAAAGCUCGUUGGGACCAAUUGAAACCUGGUGAUGAUAUUAUUGAAACCGGCCAACAAAAUACCCUUGAAAAAAGUGCAAAGUCAAUAAAAGAGAAAAAAAUUGAAUUUGAUGAUCUUGAAAUCAUAAGAAAAAAACUGGUUGAUGAUUGCCAUCAUUUUGGACUGGACGAGCCUAACUUCUCUAUGGCAAAUAGCAUAGCUAAAGACAUUGAAAGCUAUGCACAGAUUUGGACCCUUUAUGAAGAAUUUCAGCAAGGAUUUAAGGAAAUGGCCGAUGAAGAUUGGAUUACUUUCCGGACUAAGACAUAUCUAUUUGAGGAAUUUUUGAUGAAUUGGCAUGACAGAUUAAGGAAAAUUGAAGAACAUUCGGUUAUGACAGUCAAGUUACAAUCAGAAGUUGACAAAUAUAAAACUUCUAUUCCUAUCUUGAAAUAUGUGAGAGGGGAGCAUCUUUCUCCAGAUCACUGGCUUGACCUUUUUCGUCUACUUGGCCUUCCUAGGGGGACUAGCCUAGAGAAAUUACAGUUUGGUGAUUUGCUUAGAGUAACUGAUACAAUUGUAGCCAAAGCUUUAGAACUUAAAGAUUUAAAUAGUCGGGCACAAGGUGAAGUUACCAUCAGAGAAGCUUUACGUGAACUUGAUCUUUGGGGAGUUGGAGCAGUGUUUACAUUGAUUGAUUAUGAAGACAGCCAAAAUCGAACUAUCAAGCUAAUUAAAGACUGGAAAGAUAUAGUCAAUCAGGUUGGAGAUAACAGAUGCCUUCUUCAGUCCUUAAAAGAUUCUCCAUAUUAUAAAGGAUUUGAAGAUAAAGUGUCAAUUUGGGAAAGAAAACUUGCAGAGUUAGAUGAAUACCUACAGAAUUUAAAUCAUAUUCAAAGAAAAUGGGUGUACUUGGAACCCAUUUUUGGUCGUGGAGCAUUGCCAAAAGAACAGACACGCUUCAACAGAGUUGAUGAAGAUUUUAGAUCAAUAAUGACUGACAUCAAGAAAGACAAUAGAGUCACAACAUUAACUGCUCAUGCGGGAAUCAGAAAUACUCUACUUACAGUACUUGAUCAACUUCAAAGAUGUCAGAAAUCAUUAAAUGAAUUUUUAGAGGAAAAACGCUCAGCAUUCCCCAGAUUUUAUUUUAUUGGUGAUGAUGACUUAUUAGAAAUACUGGGCCAGUCUACUAACCCAUCAGUGAUUCAGUCUCACCUUAAGAAGCUGUUUGCUGGUAUUAACAGUGUAUGCUUUGAUGAGGAAUCAAAAUAUAUAACUGCAAUGAAAUCUUUAGAGGGAGAAAUUGUGCCAUUUAAAAAUAAAGUUCUUCUAUCAAAUAAUGUAGAGGCUUGGUUGAGUGAUUUAGCCUUGGAAAUGAAGCAAACUUUGAAACAGUUGUUGAAGGAAUGUGUUACUACUGGGCAAAGUUCACAAGGUGCAAUUGAUCCAUCUCUGUUUCCUUCACAGAUAUUAUGCUUGGCAGAGCAGAUUAAAUUCACUGAAGAUAUAGAAAAUGCUAUCAAAGACCACACUCUUCAUCAAAUUGAGACACAACUGGUGAAUAAAUUAGAGCAUUAUACCAACAUUGAUACAAGUUCUGAGGAUCCAGGGAAUACUGAAUCGGGCAUUCUGGAACUGAAACUUAAAGCCCUAAUUCUUGAUAUUAUUCAUAAUAUUGAUGUGGUGAAGCAAUUAAACCAAGUACAAGUUCAUACAACUGAAGACUGGGCUUGGAAGAAACAAGUUAGAUUCUAUAUGAAAAGUGAUCACACAUGUUAUGUUCAAAUGGUGGAUUCUGAACUUCAGUAUACAUAUGAGUAUCAGGGUAAUGCUCCCAAGCUCGUUUAUACUCCAUUGACAGAUAAGUGCUACCUAACACUCACACAAGCCAUGAAGAUGGGACUUGGAGGAAAUCCUUAUGGACCAGCUGGAACUGGAAAAACUGAAUCAGUAAAGGCUUUAGGUGGACUUCUUGGAAGACAAGUUUUAGUUUUUAAUUGUGAUGAGGGCAUAGAUGUGAAAUCAAUGGGGCGGAUAUUUGUUGGUUUGGUGAAAUGUGGGGCCUGGGGAUGUUUUGAUGAAUUCAACAGACUGGAAGAAUCUGUGCUAUCAGCUGUAUCUAUGCAAAUCCAGACAAUUCAAGAUGCUUUGAAGAAUCAUAGAACUGUAUGUGAACUACUUGGGAAAGAGGUAGAAAUAAAUUCUAAUUCUGGGAUUUUUAUCACUAUGAAUCCUGCUGGAAAAGGUUAUGGAGGAAGACAAAAACUGCCUGAUAAUCUUAAACAGCUUUUUAGGCCAGUGGCUAUGUCUCGUCCAGACAAUGAUCUUAUUGCAGAAGUUAUUCUGUAUUCAGAAGGCUUUAAAGAUGCUAAAGUAUUGGGCAGAAAAUUGGUAGCUAUUUUCAACUUAUCUAGGGAACUUUUGACACCUCAGCAACAUUAUGAUUGGGGGUUGAGAGCUUUGAAGACUGUUCUUCGAGGAAGUGGAAAUCUUCUUAGACAAUUAAAGAAAAAUGGCACUAAACAGGAUGCUAAUGAAAGUCAUAUUGUGGUACAAGCAUUGAGGCUUAAUACAAUGUCAAAGUUUACGUUUGCUGAUUGUAUCCGGUUUGAUGCACUGAUUAAAGAUGUCUUUCCUGGAAUUGACUUUAAAGAAGUAGAAUAUGAUGAACUAAGUGCUGCAUUACAGCAAGUCUUUGAAGAGGCCAAUUAUGAAAUCAUACAGAAUCAGAUCAAGAAAGCUUUAGAAUUAUAUGAACAGUUACGUCAGAGAAUGGGAGUCGUUAUUGUUGGUCCAAGUGGUGCUGGCAAAUCAACCCUUUGGCGAAUGUUAAGGGCGGCACUUUGUAAAAUUGGCAAAACAGUAAAACAAUAUACGAUGAAUCCCAAAGCUAUGCCUAGACAUCAAUUAUUAGGCCAUAUUGACAUGGAUACAAGAGAAUGGUCUGACGGUGUUUUGACAAAUAGUGCUCGACAAGUAGUUCGGGAACCACAAGAUGUGAGCUCAUGGAUAAUCUGUGAUGGUGAUAUUGACCCUGAAUGGAUAGAAUCUCUGAAUUCUGUUCUGGAUGACAACCGACUACUCACUAUGCCUAGUGGAGAAAGGAUUCAGUUUGGCCCGAAUGUUAAUUUUGUAUUUGAAACUCAUGAUUUAAGUUGCGCCUCACCAGCCACAAUAUCUAGGAUGGGAAUGAUAUUUCUUAGUGAUGAAGAGACAGAUGUUGAUUCUCUGAUAAAAUCUUGGUUGAGGAAUCAGCCUGCUAAAUACAGGAAUAAUCUUGAAAAUUGGAUUAGAGAUUAUUUUAAAAAGGCUUUACAAUGGGUUUUAAAGCAGAAUGACUAUGUGGUAGAAACAAGUUUGGUUGGGACUGUGAUGAAUGGUUUGUCUCAUCUACAUGGAUGCAAAGAACAUGACCAAUUUAUUAUUAAUCUCAUAAGGGGACUUGGUGGAAAUCUGAAUAUGAAAUCACGUCUGGAAUUUACCAAAGAGUUUUUUAAUUGGGCACAAGAAUCUCCUCCAGACCCUCACAAACCAAUGGACACCUACUAUGAAUCAAGUAGAGGUCAGUUGGCAUCUUAUGUGCUGAAGAAGCCAGAAAACUUGACAGCUGACGAUUUCAGUAAUGGCCAAGCUCUACCAGUUAUUCAGACCCCUGAUAUGCAACGAGGUCUAGAUUAUUUCAAACCUUGGUUAAGUUCUGGUACCAAACAGCCAUUUAUUCUCGUAGGACCAGAAGGAUGUGGCAAAGGGAUGCUGCUCAGGUAUGCCUUUUCUCAACUCCGGUCCACUCAGAUUGCUACAAUUCACUGUAGUGCACAAACUACUUCUCGGCAUCUCCUGCAGAAAUUGAGCCAGACUUGUAUGGUAAUCAGUACUAAUACUGGUCGAGUAUAUAGACCAAAGGACUGUGAAAGACUUGUUUUGUACUUAAAAGAUAUCAACCUUCCUAAGCUUGAUAAAUGGGGGACCAGUACAUUGGUAGCUUUCUUACAGCAGGUUUUGACGUAUCAAGGAUUUUAUGAUGAAAAUUUGGAAUGGGUUGGUUUAGAAAAUAUUCAAAUUGUAGCUUCUAUGUCAGCUGGAGGAAGACUGGGAAGACACAAGCUUACUACCAGAUUUACUUCUAUUGUUCGUCUUUGUGCAGUAGAUUACCCAGAAAGAGAGCAAUUACAAACAAUUUAUGGAGCAUAUUUGGAAGCAGUUCUACAUAAAAAUUUGAAGAAUCAUUCUAUUUGGGGUUCUUCAUCAAAAAUUUAUCUCUUAGCAGGCUCUAUGGUACAAGUUUAUGAACAGGUGCGGGCUAAAUUUACAGUUGAUGAUUAUAGCCACUAUUUCUUUACUCCUUGCAUUCUUACCCAGUGGGUUCUUGGCUUAUUUAGAUAUGAUUUAGAGGGAGGAUCCUCCAACCAUCCAAUAGAUUAUGUAUUAGAAAUUGUAGCAUAUGAAGCACGGCGCUUAUUUCGUGACAAAAUUGUUGGUGCAAAGGAGCUUCAUUUGUUUGAUAAUAUUUUAACAUCAGUGUUUCAAGGAGAUUGGGGCUCGGAUAUAUUAGAGAAUAUGGCAGAUAGUUUCUAUGUUACAUGGGGAGCCCAACAUAAUUUAGGAUCAACGGCAGCCCUAAGGCAACCAUUACCUCCACAUGGAAAACCACUUGGAAAACUAAACUCUUCAGAUCUCAAGGAUGUUAUUAAAAAGGGUCUUAUUCAUUAUGGACGAGAUAACCAGAAUUUAGAUAUUUUACUUUUCCAAGAAGUCCUGGAGUACAUGUCUAGAAUAGAUAGAGUACUGAGUUUUCCUGGAGGUUCACUUCUACUAGCAGGACGCAGUGGUGUGGGGCGUAGGACCAUCACUUCUUUAGUCAGUCAUAUGCAUGGAGCAGUGCUAUUUUCUCCAAAGAUUUCCAGAGGAUAUGAAUUGAAGCAGUUCACAAAUGAUCUCAAACAUGUGCUGAAUCUUGCAGGAAUUGAAGCACAACAGGUAGUUUUACUUCUUGAGGAUUAUCAGUUUGUACAUCCUACAUUUUUGGAGAUGAUCAAUAGCCUUUUGUCUUCAGGUGAAGUUCCUGGACUCUAUACUCUUGAAGAAUUAGAGCCCUUGCUGUUGCCUCUUAAGGAUCAAGCUUCACAGGAUGGUUUUUUUGGACCAAUCUUCAAUUACUUCACAUAUAGAAUUCAACAAAAUUUGCAUAUUGUAUUGAUAAUGGAUUCUGCAAAUUUAAACUUUAUAAUAAAUUGUGAAAGUAAUCCAGCUUUGCAUAAGAAAUGCCAGGUGUUGUGGAUGGAGGGCUGGUCAGAUAGCAGUAUGAAGAAAAUACCUGAAAUGUUAUUCAGUGAAACAGAUGGUGAAGAGAAAUAUAGUGACAAAAAAGGAAAAGAAGAAAAGAAAAAAAAUUCAGUUGAUCCUGACUUUCUAAAGUCAUUUUUACUAAUCCAUGAGUCCUGUAAAGCAUAUGGAGCUACACCAAGUCGAUAUAUGACCUUUUUACGUGUAUAUUCUGCCAUUAGUAGCAGCAAGAAAAAGGAAUUAUUAAAAAGACAAAGUCAUUUGCAGGCGGGUGUAUCUAAACUAAAUGAGGCCAAAGCUCUUGUGGAUGAACUGAACAGAAGAGCUGGUGAACAAAGCAUAUUACUUAAAACUAAGCAAGAUGAAGCAGAUGCUGCCCUUCAAGAGAUCACAGUGUCAAUGCAGGAUGCUAGUGAGCAAAAGACAGAACUUGAAAGGUUGAAGCACAGAAUAGCAGAAGAAGUUGUUAAAAUUGAAGAAAGAAAAAAUAAAAUUGAUGAUGAAUUAAAAGAAGUACAGCCUUUAGUGAAUGAAGCUAAACUAGCAGUUGGAAACAUUAAGCCAGAAUCUCUUUCAGAAAUUCGUUCACUACGCAUGCCACCUGAUGUAAUUCGAGACAUUCUUGAAGGAGUUUUAAGGCUAAUGGGUAUCUUUGAUACGUCUUGGGUGAGCAUGAAAAGUUUUCUUGCCAAAAGAGGUGUAAGAGAAGACAUAGCAACCUUUGAUGCACGAAAUAUUCCAAAGGAAAUAAGAGAGAGUGUUGAAGAACUUCUUUUUAAAAACAAAGGCUCUUUUGAUCCAAAGAAUGCUAAACGUGCCAGUACUGCAGCUGCGCCUUUGGCUGCCUGGGUUAAAGCCAAUGUACAGUAUUCUCAUGUCUUGGAACGAAUUCAGCCUUUGGAAACUGAACAGGCAGGAUUAGUAUCAUUUCAGAGCAGGACUUCCGAAGCUGCCAAACUUGAAGCUGAAGUUAGCAAAGCACAGGAAACAAUCAAAGCUGCAGAAGUCUUAAUUAAUCAGCUUGAUAGAGAACACAAGAGAUGGAAUGCCCAGGUUGCAGAGAUAACAGAGCAAUUAGCUACUCUUCCAAAACGAGCUCAACUAUCUGCUGCUUUUAUUACAUAUCUUUCUGCUGCUCCUGAGAGUCUCAGAAAAACCUGUUUGGAAGAAUGGACCAAGUCAGCUGGUCUUGAAAAAUUUGAUCUGAGGAGAUUUCUUUGUACUGAAAGUGAACAGUUAAUUUGGAAAAGUGAAGGCCUACCAUCUGAUGACCUUUCCAUAGAAAAUGCUCUUGUUAUAUUACAGAUCAUUGGUUUGAAAUCAUGGAGUCGAGUAUGUCCAUUUCUUAUAGAUCCUUCAUCCCAAGCUACAGAAUGGUUAAAAACACAUUUGAAGGACUCACAUUUGGAGGUUAUUAAUCAACAGGAUAGUAACUUUAUCACAGCUCUUGAGUUGGCUGUGCGUUUUGGGAAAACCCUUAUUAUACAAGAAAUGGAUGGUGUAGAACCUGUUCUUUAUCCAUUAUUGAGACGAGAUCUGAUUGCUCAAGGACCACGUUAUGUGGUACAAAUAGGUGACAAGAUUAUUGACUACAAUGAAGAAUUCCGCCUUUUUCUAUCAACGAGAAACCCAAAUCCCUUUAUUCCACCAGAUGCAGCUUCUAUUGUUACUGAGGUUAAUUUUACUACAACAAGAAGUGGAUUAAGAGGGCAGCUUUUGGCUUUAACCAUUCAACAUGAGAAACCUGACUUAGAGGAACAAAAAACAAAACUAUUACAACAGGAAGAAGAUAAGAAAAUACAGCUAGCCAAGCUUGAGGAAUCUCUUUUAGAGACACUGGCCACAUCCCAAGGCAAUAUUUUGGAAAAUAAGGAUUUGAUUGUAUCUUUGAAUCAGACAAAAGCAAGUAGUGCACUUAUUCAGGACUCACUUAAAGAAUCUUACAAACUCCAGAUUUCCCUUGAUAAAGAGCGGGAUGCCUAUCUUCCUCUGGCUGAGAGUGCCAGUAAGAUGUACUUCAUUAUCUCUGACUUGUCUAAAAUUAAUAAUAUGUACCGUUUUAGUUUGGCUGCUUUUCUACGACUUUUUCAACGAGCUCUGCAAAACAAACAGGUGUUUGAAAAUACAGAACAGAGAAUCCAGUCUCUUAUAAACUCAUUAAAACAUAUGGUAUAUGAGUAUAUAUGUCGUUGCCUAUUUAAGGCUGACCAGUUGAUGUUUGCUUUGCAUUUUGUUCGGGGCAUGCAUCCUGAACUUUUUCAAGAAAAUGAGUGGGAUACUUUUACAGGUGUGGUUGUUGGAGAUAUGUUGCGGAAAGCUGAUUCUCAGCAAAGAAUACGUGAUCAACUUCCAUCUUGGAUAGAUCAGGAAAGAAGUUGGGCAGUAGCAACAUUAAAGAUUGCUCUUCCCAGUCUUUAUCAGACUCUCUGUUUUGAAGAUGUAGCUCUGUGGCGAACUUAUUAUCAUAAUUCAGUGUGUGAACAGGAGUUUCCAUCUAUUCUUGCAAAGAAAGUUUCCUUAUUUCAGCAGGUUCUUGUAGUACAGGCUCUAAGACCUGACAGAUUGCAAAGUGCCAUGGCUCUAUUUGCAUGUAAAGCUCUGGGACUGAAAGAGUUGUCACCACUUCCUCUAAAUCUCAAACGUUUGUACAAAGAGACACUAGAAAUUGAACCCAUUUUGAUAAUUAUUUCCCCGGGUGCUGAUCCUUCUCAGGAACUUCAGGAACUUGCUAAUGCUGAAAGAAGUGGAGAGUGUUAUCAUCAGGUUGCCAUGGGUCAAGGUCAAGCUGAUUUAGCUAUUCAAAUGCUAAAAGAAUGUGCACACAAUGGAGACUGGCUCUGUUUGAAGAAUUUACAUCUGGUGGUAUCUUGGCUUCCAGUUUUGGAAAAGGAAUUGAAUACUCUUCAACCUAAAGAUACCUUUCGUCUUUGGCUCACUGCAGAAGUUCAUCCCAACUUUACUCCUAUUUUACUACAGUCAAGUUUGAAGAUAACAUAUGAGUCACCUCCAGGUUUGAAGAAGAAUUUAAUGCGUACUUAUGAUUCUUGGACUCCUGAACAAAUUAGUAAAAAAGAUAAUAUAUAUCGAGCUCAUGCUCUCUUUAGUUUUGCAUGGUUUCAUGCUGCAUGUCAAGAAAGAAGAAAUUAUAUUCCACAGGGUUGGACCAAGUUUUAUGAGUUUUCUUUAUCAGAUCUUCGGGCUGGGUACAACAUUAUUGACAGACUCUUUAAUGGUACCAAAGAUGUACAAUGGGAAUAUGUACAUGGUUUAUUUGAAAAUGCUAUUUACGGAGGGCGUAUAGAUAACUAUUUUGACCUCAGAGUUCUUCAAUCAUACCUGAAACAAUUUUUUAAUUCUUCAGUAAUUGAUGUAUUAAACCAAAGAAAUAAGAAAAACAUUUUUCCAUAUUCCAUAUCUCUACCCAAAUCCUGCAGUAUUUUGGACUAUCGUGCUGUCAUUGAAAAACUUCCAGAGGAUGACAAACCUAGUUUCUUUGGUCUUCCUGCCAAUAUUGCUCGUUCAUCUCAGCGCAUGAUCAGUUCUCAGGUUAUUUCACAGCUGAGGAUCCUGGGCAGAUCAGUAACAGCUGGUUGCAAAUUUGAUAGAGAAAUCUGGUCUAAUGAACUUUCUCCUGUCCUCAAUCUGUGGAAGAAACUAAACCAGAAUUCAAAUCUGAUUCAUCAGAAAGUGUCUCCUCCUAAUGAUCGGCAAGGAUCUCCAAUAUUAUCAUUCAUCCUUCUAGAACAAUAUAAUGCCAUUCGUUUAGUACAAAGUGUGCAUCAGUCUCUUGCUGCCCUCAGCAAAGUCAUCAGAGGAACUACCUUAUUAAGUUCAGAAGUCCAAAAAUUGGCAAGUGCUUUAUUAAACCAAAAGUGUCCCCUCAUAUGGCAGAACAAGUGGGAAGGCCCAGAAGAUCCCUUACAGUACCUUAGAGGUCUUGUAGCUCGUGCCCUUGCAAUACAGAACUGGGUGGAUAAAGCUGAAAAACAGAUUCUUCUUUCUGAAACACUCGAUCUAUCAGAACUCUUCCAUCCAGACACGUUUCUUAAUGCUCUUCGCCAAGAAACUGCAAGGGCAAUGGGUCAUUCUGUGGAUAGCCUUAAAUUUGUAGCUUCAUGGAAAGGUCGACUUCAAGAAGCAAAGCUGCAAAUUAAGAUCAAUGGCUUAUUACUGGAAGGAUGCAGUUUUGAUGGAAAUCGGCUUUCUGAAAACCAGCAUGAUUCUCCCAGUGUAUCAUCAGUUCUCCCUUGUUUUAUGGGCUGGAUUCCACAGGGUGCAUAUGGUCCAUAUUCUCCUGAUGAGUGCAUCUCUUUACCUGUUUACACAAGUGCUGAAAGGGAUCGUGUGGUAACCAAUAUCGAUGUUCCAUGUGGAGGUAACCAAGACCAGUGGAUUCAGUGUGGAGCAGCUCUAUUUCUAAAAAAUCAAUAGAGGCUAGUUACAACAAAGUGUCUUAGCAAAAUGAAGAAACUGUCAUUUAAGCUUUAAAUAAAAUAUAUAAUCAGCCUACAGUUGAAUUAUUAGUUCAAAAUGUUAGUAUAUAGUUAUUCUAUAUUAUUGGUCUCCUUGGAUUUUUAUCUUAAUGUGUAAUAACAGCAUUGGCUAACUUUUAAAGUAAAGAAUUAAUAUUAAAAUGGAGGAUCCUUUUGAUAACAAAUAUUUCUAAGGAAGUAUACUUUUCUAGUAGCUCAAAAACUUAUUUUUAG